AGAUCCGCAAUGAGGUUGACAAAUAUGCCAGAAUAUUCACAUUCUCCGUGGAGAGCAUGCGCAAUGAGAAACUGAAAGAUGUGAGACAGCAGUGGAAACAUAGCAGAUUUUUCUUCGGCAAGAACAAGGUGAUGUCAAAUGCCCUAGGUGUAGACUCCGCUUCUGAGUACAAGGAUAACCUCCACAAAGUCUCCCAGCAGUUACAAGGCCAGAGGGGGCUACUGAUGACAAAUAAAAAAACAGAUGAAGUUGUUGAAGUGCCAGAGUUUGCAAGGAGUGGUAAUGAGGCCACAGAACAGGUGAUAUUAGGGGAGGGUCCACUGACACGCUUCUCUCAUGCCAUGGAACCACAGCUCAGACAAUUAGGUUUACCAACAAGUUUAAAAAAAGGUGUCAUCCAUCUUAUAUCAGAAUACACAGUUUGUAAAAAAGGAGAGACUCUAACACCAGAGCAAUGUAGAAUUUUAAAAUUAUUUGACUACCAAAUGGCUACAUUUCAUCUCACUAUAGAAACAGUUUGGUCAAAUGAUGGCAAGUUUGAUAUUUUAAAAGAUAGAAGUAUCCCUCUGCGGCCGACAAAAGUUGUAAUAAAACCUGAUGAUGAUGGGGAGCCCAUUGACACAAUAGAAGAUGCUGAUGAGAGUCCAGAUGAAGA